AUGAGCGACAUCAAGACAUUCGGCCUAGGAAACUUCACCCUGCAGUCCGGCGCCACCAUCCCAUCGGCCUGGAUCUCCUACCGGACCUUUGGCGACGCCUCGUCCCCGGCAGUGGUAUACCCAACCUGGUUCUCAGGCUCUAUAUCGGACAACGAGUGGCUCGUCGGUGGCGGAAAGACGCUCGACCCGUCCAGGUACUUCAUCGUCAUCCCGGCCCUCAUCGGCAACGGCCAGUCCGUCAGCCCGUCCAACUGGGCCAGCACGGCCGAUCCCCCCUCCCCCUUCCCGGACGUGACCUUGUACGACAACGUGCGCGCCCAGCACCUCCUCGUCACCCAGGGCCUGGGCAUCAGACACAUCCGCGCUGUUCUGGGCUGGUCCAUGGGUGCCGCCCAGUCCUUCCAGUGGGCCACGCAGUUCCCCGACAUGAUGGACAUCUGCGUGCCCUUCUGCGGCGCCGCCAAGACAUCGCUGCACAACCAGGUCUUCCUGGAGGGUGCGAAGGCCGCCCUGCUGGCCGCCAGGGGCCUGAGCUCGGCCGGGAUACCGUCGUCCGGGGGUGCCGGGCCCACCGACGAGGCCGCCGCCAGGACAUGGUCGUCCGAGGAGAGGACCGUCGGCCUGAAGGCCUUUGGUCGCGUCUAUGCCGGUUGGGGCUUCUCCCAGACCUUUUACCGCCAAGAGCUGCACAGGAAGUUCUACGGCGCCAGCGACAUGGAGGACUUCCUCGUCAACUUCUGGGAGGCCUGGGCCCUCGGAAAGCACCCGGACAACCUGCUCGUCAUGCUGCAUACCUGGCAGGCUGGCGACGUCAGCGCCCAGGAGCCCUACAACGGUGACUUUGCCGCUGCCAUGGCCGCCAUAAGAGCCAAGACCCUCGUCCUUCCCAGCAAGACGGACCUUUACUUCCCGCCAGAAGACUCGGAGCACGAGGUCCAGUCCAUGAGCCCCGGCAUCGGCCAGCUCGACAUCUACCCCUCCGUCUGGGGUCAUUGGGCCGGCGGACCCCCGGGCAACAUGGAAGAUGUGGCCUGGUUGGACAAGCAGCUGGCCAAUAUCUUUGCCUCUGCUCCAAAGAGGGCCUGA